CCGAGGCAGAGGAAGCGGAAGAAGCGGAAGAGUCAACCAGCAUGCUUUCAACUGUCGGUCCUUGAACGUUGAGCUGCUAGCUCUGUGUCCCUCUCAGCAUUGCAUUCAAAUUUCAGACGUCUUCGCUGAAUUGUCUCAGCCAAACCGUCUGCCACCCCUUUAGUGACAAUCAACUGCAUUAAAUGCCUUUCAAGUGUCAGCUACUAGAGCUAGAAGACACGUGGUGAAUGGCACUACAUCGAACACCAAGCUCAGCAGGUUUGGUUUUUGACGGCGUUUUCCGAAGGCUGCAACUGAUACGGUACAACGCUUUUGGACACAAUUGAAACGUGAUCCAGCUGGGAUGCCCAAGGAGCUUGAGCUGCCCACUUACAAGAUGAUUUAGACCAGGGUCCCUGGCAGACCCUUUCAAAAGCAGACAGCUAGCUUGACAGCUGCCAACUCCUUCCCGUCGGGCGCCUUUCCCAAUUUUGCUGGGAUCUCCAGACAGAGGAGAUUACAUCGGGUGCGCCAGCUGGUAAAAGCAGAAUGGUUUAGCCGCUACAUAAGCAGAGAAUUGAAGGGCAAUACUGCUCCAACAUGUUGGCCGACUGCAAGUGUGCGGGGCGGCUCUCGGGGCCUACUCCCCCCGCAGGUCUGAUGCAGGAGACAGCGCCAGCUCAGCCCUCCUUCUACAGACGCCAGCUCCCGUCUCCCCCUGCCAUCGACUUUGCCUCUGAGGAAGGGAAGACAAUCUUUGCGGAGGCCCUCGUAUCAGGCGGCCUCGCCGGCUUCUUCCCCCUCAUCGCCCAGUUCCAAACCCAAGCCGAACCCGCGUACUGCGGCCUCGCCUCCCUCUCCGUCGCGCUCAACGCCCUAUCGAUCGAUCCCGGGCGCACGUGGAAAGGUCCCUGGCGCUGGUACGACGAAGCGCUCUUGGACUGCUGCGAACCGUUAGAAAAGAUCAAGAAAGACGGCAUCGUGUUCAAUAAGCUGGUGUGUUUAGCCCGGUGUGCGGGUGCGGGGGUGAAAAGCGUGCUUGCGAGUGGCGGGAGCGAGGGGGGGUUCCGAGAAGAUGUGCAGCGCGCAACCGCAGGUGGGGAGGGGCAUAUAAUCGUGGCGUACAGCAGGAGGGCGUUCCUGCAGACGGGUGAUGGCCAUUUCUCACCCAUCGGGGGGUAUCACGCUGCGCGCGACUUGGUGCUCAUUCUCGACGUGGCCCGGUUCAAGUACCCCCCCCACUGGGUGCCCCUGCCGCUCCUAUGGCAGGCCAUGCAGCAGAUCGACAAAGUGACCGGGGAGUCCCGGGGCUACGUCAUGCUGACGCCCCCGGCGCAGCCGUCUGCCGCUCUCUUCAGCCUGGCCCGACCCGAUCCUGAAUGGUGGGCGGUGGCAGCAUACGCCUCGACGGGCAUCUCCGACGUGCUCCGUCGUGCUGACGUCAGCACCGGGGAGCAGGCGCUCGGCGCGGUCCUCGAGGACCUGCCGGAUGACGUCACCCACUUGCUGACGUGGAUGCGGGCGGUGGCGCCAGUUGGCGAGGACGCGUUGGUGCCGCGGGAGGGGCAGGUUGUGGAGGCCGUCAAGGACCAAAUCCUUAGACAGCUGCGGUCGCUGCGAAUCUUCCGGCUGGUGUCAAGCUGGGUGACGCGGCAAACAGAGCGAAGGCUUAAAACCAGCAUCGAGCCAAGAGGACCCCUCGACUGUGACGAUCCGACGGUAGACAAUAACAGGGAUACUUCCAACGAGACACGUGGCACUUUUGUCGAGAGACAUGGCGUGACGUCAGUCGACAAAAGCAGAGACUUCGAAGGGCAGAGAGACUUAGAGCCCGCAGCGAAGCGAGCGAGAAUGGAAGCGUCGGCGGAACAAGAGUUCGACGAAGUGGGCGUACCACAAGUACGUUAUGCACAAUCGGAGAUGGAGAAAGAUUCGGAAUCAGAAGGGGCUGGAGUUUCAGGUUUGGGAGAAACGGCCGUAGCAGUGCCAAACAAUGGCAUCAACGGAACAGGGCCGGAUAAAUUGACCAACGGAACGGGGCGCUUUGAUUCAAGUUCCAUAGAACGAAGCAGAGAAAACACUCUGCUAGCGGAGGAUCCGCUGACCGAACCGGUUCCAGCCACUGACGGACCGACACGUGUCGACCUGGUGACGGUCUUGCUGCUCGUCUGCCAGAGCGAGGUGUGGGCGUCCGCAAAAGACGCGACUGUCCGUGAAGAGCUUCAGUCCCUGACGAACACAUGUUGCCUGAACAGCCCGUUGCACAGUGAGAUCCUGCAUCUGAAAGAGCAAUACGCAGCUCUGCGAACGGAGGCCCGUGAAGAGUGCGCUUCCGAACAAGGAAAGACACGUCAGUUGCAGCUUAACAUGUCAACCGGUGGCCAAUGACAUGACGCAUGAUGUACUUUAUUACAUUGUAGAACAUUCAUGCGUUGAUCAUAUACCUGUGGGGGACUGCUGUUAGCUAGAAACGGGAUCAGAUGGGACGCCGAACAAUAUCAAAAACAAAGCGAAAGUACGACGAGACUGCGCCAUGAACUCACACCGACUGCAGCUGCAAUUUCACACGUGGCACCGUGCACGCACUGAAGGAAACGGGUCCGUUGCCAUGUCGGAAUAGACUAGCCUAGCUGUCUUAGUGCAGGCUUGU